AAGACAAAAAAAAAUCUGUCGAUUCUGGAAUCUUUCCCGGUUCUCUACAAAAUUUUACCUCGGCCGUUCCUAUCUCACCCAACGGCUCAAUUAAAAACACUCUAAAAACGCCCAACCACCACCAUGCCUUUCUCAAUUGGCCUCGAGAUUGAGGGUAUCGCCUUGGCAAGGGCUUCAUCAUCCACUGCUCUCCCUUUACGGCUGGAGGGUCAGCUUUCGCUUGUGGCCAAUGCACUCCAAGACGUCGGCAUGCUUUCCCGCGUCUAUAUCCCAAGCUCAACUCAAGGCAGUGGCCCCAACUAUGAUAUCUGGAACAUCACCACUGAUGCUACCAUCAGUGAGUUAACAUCUGGCUCCGAGUUGGAUCUCUCGGCAUUCCAGGCACGAUUUGGGUUUGAGCUUAUCUCCCCCGUUUUUGAUGUCGUCAGCGAUGAGUGGAAGGGCAUCUUAGGACUUGCACUGAAGUGAAUUGGCGACGUGGUCAAGUGGAAGGCAAACCGCAGCACCGG